AUGGCCGACGAAGAGAGCUCGAUGAGACGGCAAGCGGCGCCCCCGGGGACUUCGGGCUCCUCCAAGGGCUCCAGACUCCCGCGUCGGGGACACAAACGUCGCUCAGCCAAUGUCCCGAAAGCUGACCCCGUGCCAGACUCCAGAAGGAGCAGUCAACCGCGCAUACCCUCUCCCGAGGCGGAACAGCCGGUCGAGCAGAAGCCGCGAAGGGGGAAGGACUACUAUAGGUCGCAUCGGCGAGAUACCUCCAGCGUCGCGAGCCAGGACAGCUACCUAGACGAUCUCCCAAGUCCUCGCACCCCGCCCCCUACCAACAGAGCCCCUACCGCCCGGGGUUACACCCCACGCAUAAUCGAAGACGAUUACGACGACUUCCCCAACCCCGAAAGUCUAUCUCUACCUCGGAAGCCAUCCUCGAUCCCCGGCGCUCCACCUUCCAACGGCAGUCCACGCAAGGUGUAUAAACGGAAGGGCGCUCGAGCGAAAGCACAACCGGAGAUGGCCGAAGACGGAGAAAAAGACAGGCCUAGGUCCACGACCCCAGAGGAUACAGCGAAGCACUCGUCGCCGGAACAGGCGGGUUUGAAAGAAGAAUCGGACGUCAACGUCAGCGAACACGACAAUGCCAAGGAGUCUACGAAAGACUCUGUCGAGAACACCCUACAUUCGAACGGAAAUGGUUAUCAUGUCCCUGGCUCGGGGAUGAACUCUGAAGAACUCGACGAUGAACCUAGUCAGGUCCACGAUGGCGUCACUUACUCGGACGCCCUGAAGACGGGCCUUGAAAGUGAGGAAAGUGACCGCAAGGGUCAGGAUGACGAUGAUUCAUACCCAGAACUCGACGACAUGAGCAUGGAAGAGAUCCAUCGCCCACCCUUGCCGAGUCAGAACGGCACAAUCCGGUGGGCCCCUUGGAACGUACCUUUCAAGCGCCGCGGGCAAACGCUUGUAUUGCUGCUGCAUAGUCUUUGUAUAGGCCUUUCUGUGUCCAUCUUCUUUGCACUCUGCGCCAACCCUUUCGCCUGGCCUCUAUUACUUAUCUACCUUCUCCACGUCCUUAGCUCCAAGGCCUCUACCGAUGGCUCGCUCAGAUAUCGCUCCGAGUGGUUCCGCAAGAGCUACCUGUGGCAUCUCUUUGCGGGCUACUUUCCAGCCAAGCUACACAAGACACACGAUCUGCCGCCGACUCGCAAGUACAUAUUUGGGUACCAUCCACAUGGCAUCAUCUCUCAUGGGGCCUGGGCUGCAUUCGCUACCGAUGCCUUGGGCUUUUCUGAGAAGUUUCCCGGCAUCACGAACAGUCUUCUGACUUUGGACUCCAACUUCCGCAUUCCGUUCUACCGCGAAUACGUCUUGGGCAUGGGAGUUCGAUCGGUUUCCAAAGAGUCGAUCGUCAACAUUCUGACCAAAGGGGGAGCCAAUGGUGAAGGAAUGGGCCGCGGAGUGACAGUUGUCAUUGGAGGUGCUCGCGAAUCUCUCGAGGCUCAACCUGGGACGCUACGGUUGAUCUUAAAAGAGCGUAAAGGCUUCAUCAAAGUUGCCGUACGCUGUGGUGCCGAUCUCGUUCCCGUCUUGGCUUUUGGAGAGAACAACUUAUACGACCAGCUACGCCCCAAAGAGCAUCCGGUUGUACACAAGAUUCAAAUGUUCGUUCUCAAGGUGUGGAAGUUCACCUUGCCAUUCUUGCAUGGACGCGGGGUGUUCAACUACGAUGUCGGCCUAAUGCCCUACCGUCGGCCCCUGAAUAUCGUGGUAGGUGCACCUAUCAAGGUCCGCCAAUCAAAUACAGUGGAAACAGAAGAGAUCAACCGUCUUCACGGUCUUUACGUGGCCGAAUUGGAAAAGCUGUGGGAUACAUACAAGGACGAGUUCGCGUUGGACAGGCGGGAAGACAUGCAAAUCCUGUCUUGA